AUGGUACCUGUUGUAGUCGUUGUCAGUGGUGGGGCUGUGGGUGUGGUGGUCCCUCCUGUGGUCUUUGUCAGUGGCGGGGUUCUGGGUGUGGUGGUUCCUGUUGUGGUUUUUGUCAGUGGUGGGGUUCUGGGUGUGGAGGUCCCUCUUGUGGUCUUUGUCAGUGGCGGGGCUGUGGGUGUGGUGGUUCCUGUUGUGGUCUUUGUCAGUGGUAGGGCUGUGGGUGUGGCGGUCCCUCUUGUGGUCUUGGUCAGUGGCCGGGCUGUGGGUGGGGCAGUCUCUGUUGUGGUCUUUGUCAGUGGUGGAGCUGUGGGUGCAGAGGUCCCUGUCGUGGUCUUUGUCAGUGGUGGGCCUGUGGGUGUGGCGGUCGCUGUUGUGGUCUUUGUCAGUGGCGGGGUUCUGGGUGUGGUGGUCCCUGUUGUGGUCUUGGUCAGUGGGGGGGCUGUGGAGGUCUGUGUUGUGGUCUUUGUCAGUGGCGGGGCUGUGGGUGUGGUGGUCCCUGUUGUGGUCUCUGUCAGUGGCGGGGUGGUGGGUGCGGCAGUCCCUGUUGUGGUCUUGGUCAGUGGCCGGGCUGUGGGUGCGGCAGUCUCUGUUGUGGUCUUUGUCAGUGGCGGGGUUCUGGGUGUGGUGGUCCCUGUUGUGGUCUUUGUCAGUGUUGUGGCUGUGGGUGUGGUGGUCUCUGUUGUGGUUUUUGUGAGUGGUGGUGUUCUGGGUGUGGUGGUCCCUGUUGUCUUUGUCAGUGGUGUGGCUGUGGGUGUGGUGGUCUCUGUUGUUGUCUUUGUCAGUGGUGGGGCUGUGGGUGUGGUGGUCCGUGCUGUGUUCUUUGUCAGUGGCAGGGUUGUGGGUGUGGUGGUCCCUGUUGUGGUCUUUGUCAGUGGCGGGGCUGUGGGUGUGGCGGUCCCUGUUGUGGUCUUUGUCAGUGGCAGGGUUGUGGGUGUGGUGGUCUGUGUUGUGGUCUUUGUCAGUGGUGUGGGUGUGGUGGUCCCUAUUGUGGUCUUUGUGAGUGGCAGAGCUGUGGGUGUGGCGGUCUCUGUUGUGGUCUUUGUCCGUGGUGUGGCUGUGGGUGUGGCGGUCCCUGUUGUCUUUGUCAGUGGCAGGGUUGUGGGUGUGGUGGUCCCUGUUGUGGUCUUUGUCAGUGGCGGAGCUGUGGGUGUGGCAGUCUCUGUUGUGGUCUUUGUCAGUGGCGGGGCUGUGGGUGUGGUGGUCCCUGUUGUGGUCUUUGUCAGUGUUGUGGCUGUGGGUGUGGUGGUCUCUGUUGUGGUCUUUGUGAGUGGUGAUGUUCUGGGUGUGGUGGUCCCUGUUGUCUUUGUCAGUGAUGUGGCUGUGGGUGUGGUGGUCUCUGUUGUGGUCUUUGUCAGUGGUGGGGCUGUGGGUGUGGUGGUCCAUGCUGUGUUCUUUGUCAGUGGCAGGGUUGUGGGUGUGGUGGUCCCUGUUGUGGUCUUUGUCAGUGGUGGAGCUGUGGGUGUGGCGGUCUCUGUUGUGGUCUUUGUCAGUGGCGGGGCUGUUGGUGUGGUGGUCCGUGCUGUUGUCUUUGUCAGUGGCGGGGCUAUGGGUGUGGUGGUCCGUGCUGUGUUCUUUGUCAGUGACAGGGUUGUGGGUGUGGUGGUCCCUGUUGUGGUCUUUGUCAGUGGCGGGGCUGGGGGUGCGGCAGUCUCUGUUGUGGUCUUUGUCAGUGGCGGGGCUGUGGGUGUGGGGGUCCCUGUUGUGGUCUUUGUCAGUGGCAGGGUUGUGGGUGUGGAGGUCCCUGUUGUGGUCUUUGUCAGUGGCGGGGCUGUGGGUGUGGUGGUCCCUGUUGUGGUCUUUGUCAGUGGCGGGGCUGUGGGUGUGGCGGUCUCUGUUGUUGUCUUUGUCAGUGGCGGGGCUGUGGGUGUGGUGGUCCGUGCUGUGUUCUUUGUCAGUGGCAGGGUUGUGGAGGUCCCUGUCGUGGUCUUUGUCAGUGGUGGGCCUGUGGGUGUGGCGGUCCCUGUUGUGGUCUUUGUCAGUGGCGGGGUUCUGGGUGUGGUGGUCCCUGUUGUGGUCUUGGUCAGUGGGGGGGCUGUGGAGGUCUGUGUUGUGGUCUUUGUCAGUGGCGGGGCUGUGGGUGUGGUGGUCCCUGUUGUGGUCUCUGUCAGUGGCGGGGUGGUGGGUGCGGCAGUCCCUGUUGUGGUCUUGUGGUGA